CUUUCAUUUCUAUCUUCUACUCCUACUUCCCUGUUUCACCAUUUGUCAUAGGUCACAAGAUAACCAUCCGUCUCUCUCUGUGAUUUCAUCGACUUUGGAUCCUAAAAUCGAAUACCCAGAUCGUGAUUUUGUGUUAUUUUGAGAGGAAUUGCUUGUUAAGGAUGGAGAAUAACCAGCAAUCGUUCUACCAGUUCAGUGAUCAGUUGAGGCUGCGGAGUUCAAGCUUGGCGAAUCUCACACUCAACGACUCGAUCUGGAGCAACUCGUAUUCAUCAAAGAGGCCUGAUGAGAGGAGGAACUUUGAUAUCAGAGUUGGUGGAGAAAUCAACAACAACAGCAGUUCCUUCAACAAUCUGAAGCCAAAAGGGUCUGAUUUCAACGAUUUUAAUGGGUUCAAUUAUGAUUGGAAGAUGGGGAACAAUUUUGGCGUCAAUCAAAUCAAUCCGAUCUACCCAAUUAGUCCGAUUGGAUCUCAAAAUAGUGUUGGGGUUGGACUCAAUGGUGGAUUCAAUAAGGGGAUUUAUUCAAAUCCAAUUAAUAAUUACAGCUUUGAUCUUAAUUUGACGAGUGGGAAGAGCAAAGCGGAGGAUGAUUAUGGAGGCAAAGGAGGAAGGAAGAACAAGAAGAAGAGUGAAAAAGACAACAAUAGCGAGAAUAACAAGGAAAGUAAAGGCGAUAAGAGGUUUAAGACAUUACCACCAUCAGAAUCUCUGCCUAGGAAUGAAACAAUUGGUGGGUAUAUUUUUGUCUGUAGCAAUGAUACCAUGGCAGAGAAUCUCAAGAGACAGCUCUUCGGUCUGCCUCCACGUUACAGAGACUCUGUUAGGGCUAUAACUCCUGGAUUGCCCCUCUUCCUCUACAACUACUCCACUCAUCUACUAUAUGGAGUCUUCGAGGCUGCAGGCUUUGGAGGGACUAACAUUGAUCCUUCUGCCUGGGAAGACAAGAAAUGCCCUGGUGAAUCCCGCUUCCCUGCUCAGGUUAGAGUUGUGACAAGGAAAAUCUGUGAGCCAUUGGAGGAGGAUUCCUUCAGGCCGAUUCUUCACCAUUACGACGGCCCCAAGUUCCGCCUCGAGCUAAACAUACCAGAGGCACUGUCCCUGUUGGAUGUAUUUGAAGAAACGAGUCCUUGAAAGCAUACGAUCUACACACAAAUCAUACAUACAAAUACAAUAAGAGAAAUGGAAAGAGUUGAUAAAAGAAGAGUGUAGAGAGUAAUAGGAUUGUGUGUGUGUGUUUUUUUUUCCUUCUGGGAAAGUUCUGAAGAGGAAGAGACUGAGAAGGGAAAUGUAUGGGUGUGAUGUAUGGAGGCUAAAUACUAUUGUAUACAAGCAAUAAUAUGAGAUUAUGAGAUGAGAUUAUGGGUACUAAGGAUGUAUGAAUUUUUUCCUCAUUUUUUUGGCAAAAAAGUUUUGGGUGCUCAAGGUUUCUUGUCUCA